AUGACAUCGCGUGUGGAUCCCAGGAUUAAACAAGCAUUGCGGAAAAAACCAUCAGAAAGAACUCAAGAGGAAUUAAAUACUAUAUAUUACUACCUUCAUGGAAUGGAUAUACUGUCAAAUCUCAGGGAACAUCAGUUAAGAAUUAUGACUUCAAGUGCACGUUACAAAAGGUACGAAGGAAACCAAGUUCUGUUUUGUUCGGACACUAUUGCAAGAUGCUGGUAUAUUCUUCUUUCCGGAUCUGUGCUCAUGAAGGACUCUAUGUUUUUGCCACCUUGCAGUUUUGGCAAGCAAUCUGGAGGAAAACGAGGUUGCGAGUGUAUCGUACUGGAGCCUUCUGAAAUGAUUGUGGUGGAGAACUCAAAAGAAAAUGAAGACAACAUCCUGCAAAGGGAAGGGCCCCGCCGACAAUCUCGGCGGAGAUUUAGGAAAAUUAACCUGAAAGGAGAACGCCAGACCAUCACAGACAAUGUGGAUGUUAGCAGCUACCUGUCACUUCCAGCAGACCUUACCAAAAUGCACCUAGCAGAUGGUCAACAUGCACAAGUCACACAUGUCCCUUCAAGCCAGUCUGGUUGCAGCAUUGCCAGUGACUCUGGGAGCAGCAGUUUAUCUGACAUCUACCAGGCUACUGAAAGUGAAAUGGGAGAUGUAGACUUAACUGGGCUCCCAGAGGCACCAGUAGAUUCUGAAGAAGAAGAAGAAGAAGAUGAAGACAUUGACAGAACUUCAGAUCCACUGCUAGGGCGAGAUGUUGUACGGGAGUGCCUUGAAAAAGAGCCAGCUGACAAAACAGACGAUGAUAUUGAACAACUACUGGAAUUUAUGCAUCAGCUUCCAGCAUUUGCAAACAUGACUAUGUCUGUAAGAAGGGAACUCUGCUCAGUGAUGAUAUUUGAAGUAGUAGAGCAAGCAGGAACCAUCAUCCUUGAAGAUGGGCAAGAACUUGAUUCUUGGUAUGUAAUUUUAAAUGGAACAGUGGAGAUCAGCCAUCCUGAUGGAAAAACAGAAAGUCUCUGUAUGGGAAAUAGUUUUGGGAUUACCCCCUCACUGGAAAAGCAAUACAUGAAUGGUGUGGUUAGGACCAAAGUAGAUGACUGCCAGUUUGUCUGUAUAGCUCAGCAGGACUACUGGAGAAUUCUAAACCAUGUUGAAAAAAAUACACACAAAGUUGAAGAAGAAGGAGAAAUUGUUAUGGUGAAGGAGCACAGGGAGCUGGACCGUAGUGGAACCAGGAAAGGACACAUAGUCAUUAAGGCAACACCUGAACGGCUCAUCAUGCAUUUAAUAGAAGAACACUCUAUUGUGGAUCCAACAUACAUCGAAGAUUUUCUCUUAACAUACAGAACAUUUCUGUCAAGCUCUCUAGAAGUUGGAGGCAAACUCUUAGAGUGGUUUCAAGUAGACAAUCUCAGGGACAAGGUUACUCGAGUCGUACUUUUAUGGGUAAACAACCAUUUUAAUGACUUUGAGGGAGAUCCAGCCAUGACACGUUUUUUGGAAGAAUUUGAAAAAAACUUGGAAAAUGCGAAAAUGAAGGGGCACCUUAGGUUACUAAACAUUGCCUGUGCUGCCAAGGCAAAGUGGAGACAGAUUACAUUGCAGAAACCUUCCAGAGACUCCCCACUUUUCUUCAGCCUCCUUGAAGGAAGCGAUAAAGGUUUUGGUAUUUUUGUAGAGACAGUGGAAUCAGGAAGCAAAGCAGCAGAAGCUGGGCUUAAACGCGGUGACCAGGUAAUGGAAGUCAAUGGGCAAAACUUUGAGAACAUUACUUUUGCAAAAGCUAUGGAAAUACUGAAGAACAAUACUCAUCUUUCUAUUACUGUAAAAACAAACAUUUUUGUGUUCAAAGAGCUGCUUAGCAGGAUUGGUCAGGAGAAGAAUGGAGUUCCACAUAUUCCCAAAAUUGCAGAAAAGAAAAAUAAUCGUUAUUCUAUCCCAGAUAUUCCUGGGGAUGUAGAACAGAUGUUUCCACGUGAGAAAGGAAGCAAGAAAAUCAAAGCAAAUACUGUGUCUGGUGGGAGAAACAGAAUCAAGAAAAUUUUAGAUAAGACACGAUUCAGCAUCUUACCUCCAAAAUUAUUCAGUGAUGGAAGUGUAAGCCAAUCACAGGAUGACAGUAUUGUGGGCACCAGACAGUGCAGACACAGUGUGGCAAUUAUGCCUAUUCCUGGCACACUCUCAUCCAGCAGUCCUGAUCUCUUGCAGCCUACAACCAGUAUGUUGGAUUUUUCUAAUCCUUCAGCGGUUGGUUUUUACUAUAUUCCAGAUCAGGUUAUAAGAGUUUUCAAAGCAGAUCAACAAAGCUGCUAUAUUAUUAUCAGCAAAGACACUACAGCAAAAGAAGUCGUAAAACACGCAGUGCAGGAAUUCAAUCUAACGGGAGCACCAGACACCUAUUCUCUGUGUGAAGUUUCUGUGAGUCCUGAAGGAGUCAUCAAGCAGAGAAGGCUUCCUGAUCAGUUCUCAAAGUUAGCAGACAGAAUUCAACUCAAUGGGAGAUAUUAUUUGAAAAAUAAUAUGGAAACAGAGACUUUGUGCUCAGAUGAAGAUGCUCAAGAACUGCUUCGAGAAAGCCAGAUAUCCCUUCUACAACUGAGUACCAUUGAGGUGGCUACUCAGUUAUCAAUGAGAGACUUUGAAUUAUUUCGGAACAUUGAGCCUACUGAAUACAUUGAUGACCUAUUUAAGCUUGAAUCUAAAACAGGAAAUGCUAACCUGAAACAGUUUGAGGAUGUGAUUAACCAAGAGACAUUUUGGGUUGCCACAGAAAUUUUAUCAGAGUCAAACCAGCUCAAAAGGAUGAAGAUUGUAAAACAUUUCAUUAAAAUUGCUCUCCAUUGUCGAGAGUGCAAGAACUUCAACUCUAUGUUUGCUGUUAUAAGUGGUCUUAAUCUGGCACCAGUUGCUCGACUCAGAGGAACAUGGGAAAAGUUACCAAGCAAGUAUGAAAAGCACCUUAGAGACCUUCAAGAUCUUUUUGAUCCCUCUAGAAACAUGGCAAAGUAUCGCAACAUCCUUAGCAGUCAGAGCAUGCAACCUCCAAUUAUUCCACUCUUCCCUGUUGUCAAGAAAGAUAUUACAUUUCUGCAUGAAGGAAAUGAUUCGAAGGUGGAUGGCUUAGUAAAUUUUGAGAAACUCCGAAUGAUUGCCAAAGAGAUUCGUCAAGUCAUCAGAAUGACAUCUGCUAACAUGGAUCCUGCUGUAAUGUUCAGGCAGAGGAAGAAGAGGUGGAGGAGUUUGGGAUCAUUGAGCCAGGGCAGCACAAACUCAAACAUGUUGGAUGUACAAGGAGGUGCUCACAAAAAACGUGCCCGGCGCAGUUCCCUUCUAAAUGCCAAGAAGCUGUAUGAGGAUGCUCAGAUGGCCAGGAAGGUUAAACAAUACCUGUCUAAUCUGAAAGUGGAAACAGAUGAAGAAAAGUUCCAAGGAAUGUCACUUCAGUGCGAACCUGCAUAUAGCACUUUGACAAAAAAUGUAAAUGAAAGACGAGGAACAAAAGUUUCUGAAAUGUCUCCAAUACCACUGAGAUCUGUUGGUCAAACUGCAAAAGCUCACCUUCAUCAACAAAACAGAAUGAGUCAAGUUCUUCAAGUUCCAGCUGUUAAUUUGUACCCUAUAAGAAAAAAAGGACCUGCAAAGGACCAUGUUACUUUCAGUGCAGGAUCUCCUCAGAAGUCAAUGAGUUUAUCUGAAGAUGUAAACAAUAAAAAACAAGAAGAUAAUGUAUCUAUGGUGUUUUCUUUGCAUUCCAGUCUCCCUGCUUCUCCUCAGGGCUCUCCACGCAAAGUGGGUAACUCCCAGAGAUCUGAUAACUGCAAUCAGAUUAAUCUCUCUGGCUCUUCUUCAUCACUUGCCAGUGAAGCCAGCAACAAGAACAGUGGACAACGCAGCUAUGGAAUAGGCUAUGCCCUCAUACCAUCUGCCAAAUCUGAGAAUUUCUCAGAUUCCAGUCACAGUGAGAUCUCUUCACGGUCCAGCAUCGUGAGCAACUGUUCUGCUGACUCGAUGUCUGCCGCCCUCCAGGAUGAGAGAUGCUUGCCUCAGGCCAUUGUGGUAGAUUUGGGAGGAACAGUGGAAAGGAAAGAGCACCGUCAACCAUCCUUGGAGUAUAGCCAGCCUUGCACUGGCUGGCCACUGUCCAGACCUCCAAUGAUCCGAGGACUGCCCGUCUCAUCUUCCUUGAGUACUGAGGAGAUCUCCCACGAGCACAUCAUGAUAGAAGCAGCAGACAGUGGUCGUGGAAGCUGGACUUCUUGCUCCAGUAGUUCUCAUGAUAAUUUCCAAACAAUCCAGAACCAGAAGGGAUGGGAUCUCUUAAACUCUUACCGCCACACUCAUUUAGAAAGAGCCAUUGCUGAAGUAGAGCCAUCAAGCUGCUGUCCUGAAGAGGCUCAUUUGCAGUCCAAUGCCCAUUCAAAUAGCAGCAGGCAGUCCAAAGGUGGCAUGGACUUUGACCAAUCCCGUCAAAGCUGGGCUUCCUCAAGUUCCCUCUCAGACACCUAUGAAGCAAACUAUGGGACAAUAAAACGAAGAGGACUUGACAGCCUAACAGCAGACCAGAGUGAAGUUUUGGACUCCAAAUCAGGCAAUGAUGCAGCUUACAAAACUGUCACUUCAAGUACAGAGAGAGGCCUCAUAGUGUACUGUGUCACCUCACCUAAGGAGGACAAUAGGUAUAGGGAGCCACCGCCCACCCCGCCAGGAUAUAUGGGCAUUUCUUUAGCGGACUUAAAAGAAGGAUCACCUCACCACCCACACAUAAAACCUCCCGACUAUAGCGUGGCGGUGCAGAGGUCAAAGAUGCUGCAUAGCAAGCUCUCUAGGCUCUCAUCUGCUCCUCUGAGUAGUGAACCAGUGGCCUGUUUUCCAAAGAAGAUGCCUCAGUGGCAUGACCGACAGCCAUCCCAUCCUAAGCUAGCUGAUAUGACUGACGCAAAUAGUGAAGAGGACGAAGAUGAACAAGUAUCGGCAGUCUAGCCUUUGUGCUUCCUGCAAAAAUUGCUUCAAGUCACAGUAAAAGGAAGGAUCAUACAGUCCUGUUAGCUGUAGCUGACAGCUUGCUGCUAUUGACUUCAAAUGUUGCAUUUGCCUCUGUUCUAAACAAAUGAUGGGCUCUUUUCAGCCUACUAUGGUCAUCUCCAUGGUCUAAGAAACCUAUUUAUGUGGGGGGAAAGAGACAAAUCUUUCCAAGGAAUACUGACCCUGUAAUGCAGAAACCAGAAUUGCAGACAGACUUAACUUGCAUUGGGGCCACCCGCCACUUGGAAGCUUUCGUCAGUAGAAAAUCCUAGAAUUUUUUGGUAGACCACUCAGAUAUUUUCUAUACCAUUACUGCUCUCAGUCGAAGAAUGUUAUUUUAUGUACGUAUGGAAGAAACUGCAAAGCUUCAGCAAAACCAAGGAAACUUCUGCAGCAAUCCGAAGACACAAUCCACUGGGAA